CUCUUCUUGCACGGCUUCGAAAAGUCCUUUAAAAGCGCAAGACGCUUCUCCGUGCCCGGCCAUUUUGGUGUUGCUGCUUCUCCCAAAGGGUCAGAUCCUGUUGGGCCUUUCUGGACUGGAUGACCAUGUGUCAGGAGCCGGACAAAGCUCGGCUCCUGCACGUGUCCCUCUCAAAGCCCGCCCCUUGCCUGGCGAAGAAUGCUACAGCCCUCCCCUCGCUCUUUGGCUGGCUCUGCCCCUCCCAAGUGGGAGCUGUGGAUGUGGGGACUUGGGGGGACUGAAGCGGCCGGAGUGGCUUCUUUCGGGAGGGUGGGGAGCGGCAAAAUAGUUGCCUCGUUGUUCUUCCUCGAUGGCCUGGCAUUGAAGGAAGCCCCCCUCCGCUCCUGGGGAUUUAGAGAGGAUUUAGAUAAGAGGGAGAUUGGGUUGCAGAGUCUCCUUCAUGGCUUGGAGCAGGCUGUGGCCCUUCCACCUCCUUUGCAGCGGCCCUUUAUCCCUUAAUGCCACGUCACCCAACACCUUGGGCCCGCAGUUGCCCAAAACAUUGCAUAAGCUGUGCUUCCUGUCAAGCGCCCGAGGGACGGGUAUAAAUCUGGGCGUUCCAGAGGGGCCGUCACCCCUUCUGCCUCUCCAUCAGUACGCGAGGAGCACCAGCGCAGACCCACCAGCAUGAAGGCCACCCUGCUCAGCCUCGCCGUGUUGUGCGUGCUUGGUGUUCAGGCCGACGUGGAAGUGGAACCAAAUUUCGAUAUUGCAAAGUUUGCAGGGAAGUGGCACGUCCCGGCCCUUGCGUCCAACGACCCGAUGCUCCAGGGCUUGAAGGAUGUCAUGAAGACGCCGGCGGCGCGGAUUAAUCUCUUGCCAAACGGCAACGUGGAAUUAGAAACUUACUACCUUUUGGGAGAAAAAUGUGAAUUAAUGAAGAGCACACUUAUGAAGAUGGAACAACCUGGACACUUUAAAGAGGCUGAUGAGAACAACAAGAAGGAGAUUUGGGUCCUGGCCACCGAUAACGCCAGCUUCGCCAUCAUCUAUAUCCAGCGGGAAGGGAAAGAUAUGCCCCCCAGCAAGAGUCUCCAGCUUUACAGCAGAGUUCCAAACCCAGGGGAGAACUUGGCCACAUUCAAGAAACAUUGCGAGAAGAUGGGGCUCUUGGGCGAACUGGUGGUUCCACCCUUGUCUGAUAGAUGUUUCAAGGAAAUUAGCGGCUGAAGGGAACCCAACCUCCAUCUUCAGCCAAAGAUCUCUCUUGCUCCUGAUGCUCAGGCCUGGAGGCCAGGAUUGCUGACCAGCCAUCUCUCGCUCUCUCCCCCUGCUCCUCUCUGUCAUUUGCCUGCCCGCGCUCAUCACUUUCUGUGGAAUA